AUGGGUAAUACAUGUUAAUUUUCAAAAAUGGAUAAAGAAAAUUAAAGAAUUAGACUGAUAGGAGUAGAAUGUUAAUAAUUCCCUAAUAAAUAAACUUAGCUUGAGAAUUUUUCCUAUAAUAUUCAAUAAAACAUUGAUCAAUUUGAGGAGGAAUUUUUUAAUAAAAGCUUUGAACUUGAUAUACACAAUGAAAAGAUUGCAAAAUCAGAAUCCAUCAAAACUAACACAAUGGAGGGAAAACAAUUUUCAUUUAAUUCUCUUGUCUUUCUUGAAGAGAAAUAAAACAGCACUCAGUUCGGCAGCUAUAAUUAAAUGGCAAGUGAAGCCUUCGUAAAUUAUAUUAAACAGAGAACCUAAUUUAAAAGUUAGCAAUCUGAUAGAAUCAGAGAAAGCGCCUAAAAACAAAUGCAUUUGAAUAAUAUUAAACGCUUCCCUCAAAUUUAUGGAAGAACUUAAUUGAGAAAUACAGAUAUUGAUGCUUAAACUUCGAACUCGAAUAGAAUCAGUAAAUCAAAAAGGAAAUCUAAAAGCAAUUUUCACAGUAAUUUAUCUUUAAACCACAAAUCCAAUAUCUACUAGCCUUCAUAAAAACAGGAACGCAAAAUUAAAAUCAUAUAUUUAUGA